UCUGGGGACCAGAGUGGACGCAGCUUCCUUCUCCUGGACAAGAAAACAAUCAUUCCAAAAAACUUCAGAAAGGCCACCUACAAUUAGUAAGAAAUGUUAAGAUUGCCCAAAAAGGGAUUACCUAGACUUGAUCAAAUUCAAGAUGAAGAAACCUACCUGGAAAACUUAGCAGUACAGAGAAAUGCUUCUGCUUUUUUUGAAAAAUAUGAUCGGAGUGAAGUACAAGAGUUGCUAACUACUGCCCUAGUCAGCUGGUUGUCUGCCAAAGAUGACAUCUGCUCUCAAAUGGACCUCCCAUGUGGAAUUAUGACUCAAAUGAAUAAUGUAGGUUUCUCCACUGCCAUCCUGCUGACUCCUGUGGACCCUACUGCCCUCUUAGACUAUAGAGAAGUCCAUCAAAUCAUAAGAGAGUUGGCUGUUGGAAUUUAUUGCUUAAAUCAAAUUCCCUCAAUCAGUUUAGAAGCUAACUAUGAUCAGAGUUCUUCUUGUCAAUUACCACCAGCUUAUUAUGAUACCAGAAUUGGGCAAAUUCUGAUCAAUAUUGACUACAUGCUGAAAGCACUGUGGCAUGGAAUAUACAUGCCCAAAGAAAAACGCGCCAGAUUCUCUGAAUUGUGGCGUACUAUCAUGGACAUUGAUCCAGAUGGGAAGCCUCAAACACAUAAAGAUAUUUUUGCAGAGUUUAGUUCUGCAGGUCUGAUUGAUAUUACGAAGGAUCCAGACUUUAAUGGAAUCUAUGAUGAAGACAUGAAUGAAGAUCCAACAUAUAACCCCAAUGGCUCUGAAGAAAAAGCUGUUUUUAUGAAAUAUGCUGAAAACACUAUGCUAAAAUUAACAUUCAGUACCACACAAGUUCAACAGUAUGAAAAUGUUUUUAUAUUUGAAACAGCCUAUUGGCUUACAAAUGCUAUAAAAUGUAAUCAAGAUCAUCUUGAUAUUUGUACCUACCAGAAACUACAGCAAAGAUUAUAUCUUCAGAAAAAGAUUAUUCAAAAACACUUUGAGAAGAAAAAAGAAAUCAGAAGAGGGAUAGGAUACCUAAAGUUAAUAUGUUUUCUGACUCCCUUUCUACUGAGUUUAAAAAAGAAGAUGAAAGUUCCAUAUUUAAGUAGUCUGCUUCCACCUUUUUCAGAUGACAAGGUCAAGACAGAGCGAGAAUUGCCUCCAUUUAUUUAUGGACGAGAUUUUAAAUGCCAGCAUUUUCACUACAAAGAGGAUCAAUAUUUUCAUGUUCAUGGAGGAAUUGAAUUUGAUAUCAGCACACCUUCAAUUGAGAAUGCUUUGGAAGAUUUUAAGAACAAUUUGGAAAAAAUACGGGAUUGUGCUGCUGAUGCAUUUGUAGAAGAUUCAGGAUACAAAGAACAUUACUCAAUACCAGUCAUGGAACUUAAUGGAAAAAGCUACUAUGUGAUCUGUUUUGAACUUGAAACUUACUAUCAUCAACUAUAUAAGACAAAGUGGUGGGGAGCCAUAAAUGAAGUCGUGAACAAUCUGAAACCAAAAAGACUUCCACUAACAGAUGCCCAAUUACAUGAACAAUUUAAGAAAAAAUUUGGUUUCAAAAAAGCUAUGAAAUGCAAGAGCAUCCCAUUUGGUAUGAAGUCUGCUGUUGAAAGAGGAUUAUCUGCUGUUUUCCAUACAUUUAGCCGUAAAACCUCAAGCUCAACCAUCAAUGUUUCAGAUGAAGCAGGUUAUACUAUUUUCCAUCAUGCCGCUCUACACAACAGAGUUGCUAUUAUAUGUCAACUGUGCAAUGCUAACUUCAAUGUCAACCAGAGACGCUUUAUUAUGUUUAGCCAAGAGUCAUCAAAAAUGGACAUGAGAAAAGAAAGAAAUGGCCCAACACCUCUACAUCUGGCUGCACAGGCUUGCUCCUUGGAAACAACCAUCUGUCUACUCUGUUUCAAAGCUGAUUACACGCUUUCUGAAAAAAGAGGCUGGAUGCCAAUUCACUUUGCUGCUUUCUAUGACAAUAUUGGUAUCAUCAUUGCUCUCUGUAGGAAGGAUCCUAGUUUGCUGGAAGCAGAGGCAACAGCUGAGAAUCAGUGUACCCCCCUGCUGCUUGCUGCCACCUCAGGAGCACUGGACACUAUUCAGUACCUAUUUUCUCUUGGUGCUAACUGGAGAAAAACAGAUAUUAAAGGAAAUAAUAUAAUUCACUUAUCAGUGCUAACCUUUCACACAGAGGUUCUCAAGCAUAUAAUAGAGUUAAAUAUUCCUGAACUCCCCGUUUGGAAAACUUUAGUAGAAAUGUUGCAGUGUGAAAGCUAUAAACGAAGGAUGAUGGCCGUGAUGUCUUUGGAAGUUAUUUGCUUAGCAAAUGAUGGAUACUGGAAAUAUAUUUUGGAUGCAGGUACCAUUCCUGCCUUAAUUAAUCUACUAAAGGGUUCCAAAAUAAAAUUACAGUGCAAAGCAGUUGGGUUAUUGAGUAAUAUCUCGACCCAUGCAAGGAUAGUGCAUGCUAUAGUAGAUGCAGGAGGCAUUCCAGCUCUGAUCAACCUACUGGCUUCUGAUGAGCCUGAACUACAUUCUCGCUGUGCUGUCAUUUUAUAUGACAUUGCUCAACUUGAAAACAAGGAUGUUAUUGCCAAAUAUAAUGGAAUCCCAGCUUUGAUAAGUCUUUUGAAAUUAGACAUAGAAAAUGUGCUCAUAAAUGUAAUGAACUGUAUACGGGUGUUAUGUAUAAGAAAUGAACAAAAUCAAAGAGCAGUGAGAGACCAUAAAGGCAUCCAACAUCUUAUCACAUUUCUGAGUUCUGAUUCAGAUGUGUUGAAGGCUGUAUCUUCUGCUACAAUCGCUGAGGUGGCACGUGCCAAUAGGGAUGUUCAGGAUGCUAUUGCCAUGGAAGGAGCCAUUCCUCCUCUGGUGGCUCUUUUUAAAGGGAAACAACUGAGUGUCCAAGUGAAGGGUGCAAUGGCUGUGGAAUCACUGGCUAGUUACAACCCGUGUAUACAGAGAGCAUUUCUGGAAAAAUCCUUAAGUAAAUACCUUUUAAAACUCCUCAAGGCGUUUCAAACAGAUGUUAAGGAACAAGGAGCUGUAGCCCUCUGGGCCUUGGCAGGACAAACCCUGAAACAACGGAAGUAUAUGGCAGAACAGAUUGGAUACAACUUUAUAAUAAACAUGCUUUUGUCACCAUCAGCUAAAAUGCAGUAUGUUGGAGGUGAAGCAGUCAUAGCUCUAAGUAAGGACAGCAGGAUGCAUCAAAAUCAAAUAUGUGAAGGGAAUGGAAUUGCACCGUUGAUUCGCUUACUGAGGAUUAGUAAAAUAGCUGAAGUCACACUUCUGAGUGUCAUCAGAGCGGUGGGGUCCAUUUGUAUUGGUGUCGCCCAUACAAGUAAUCCUAUCAGUCAACAAUUCAUUGUAGAGGAAAAUGCCUUUCCAGUACUUAUUCACCUACUAAGAAAUCACCCUUCUCCUAACAUUAAGGUUGAAGUGGCAUUUUCCUUGGCAUGCAUUGUCCUAAGGAAUGAUCUGUUACAGAAUGAAUUACAAGAAAAUGAAGGAUUUAAGUAUGCCGAUAUCCUUUAUCUUCUUCACUCACCAGAUAAGGAUAUUUGUUUAAGGGCAGGCUAUGCAUUAACCCUUUUUGCCUUCAAUAAUCGCCUUCAACAAUACUUAAUUUUGGAAAGUGGAAUAAUGACCAUAUCAAUCUUUGAGCCUUUUCUUGAAUCAACAAUUGAAACUGAGAAGGCAAUGGCAGCAUUUCAGAUUAUUAUCUUAGCGAAAGUCAUUAUAGAUGUGGACCAUAUUACUUUGUCUGCAAGAGGUGUUACUAUUUUAGUUGAUAGUCUGUAUUCAGUUCAUUCCACUACUAUUGUCUUGACAGGGAAUUUAAUAGCUAGCCUGGCUCAUUCUAGAGCUGGUAUCCCGGAAGCAUUUACCACGUUAGGGACAAUCCAACGGCUCUGCUAUCAUUUGUAUUCUGGAAACGAAGAGGUUCGCACAGCUUGCUCCUGUGCUCUUGGCUACUUAACUUACAAUGCAAAUGCUUUCCGCAUUCUAUUAAAGGAAUGCAGAAAUAAGCCUAACCAGUUCCUUCGUAUAACAAAUAAUAUCAACAGAGAUGCAAGUAUUAACCCAGCAUUUUUAAAGGAAUUUCAAAUGCAGCAACGAGUGGGACUUCCUUCCUUAAGUCUAGAGAAAAAUGGAGGACCAUCCGUAAUUCCUGUCUUUAAAAAAGGAAAAGAGCACCGAAGAAAAUUAAAACCUAAAAUUCAACCAAGAGAUUCUUUGACUUUAAUACCUCCUGCAACUAACUUCAUGGGACUCUUCAAAACAACAAAACAAACCCCUGUUUCUCACAAUAUUUUUUCCUUUUCAUCUGCAAUUUCAUCAGAUAUCAUAGAAGUAUCAAGACCAAGAAUAGUGUUUUUGAGCCAACUUGGGAAACAUGUACAGAAAGCUAACCCAGAGCCUGCAGAAGGCUAAUAAAAGCAUUAAUAUGAAAUUAUAAAAG